CCCGUAGACGACUCAGUGCGUCCUCGGAGUCCUACAGUGCCAUGGCUACCGGUGGCGGCGUGACCUCCCGAGAGGGGCUGCGCUACGCCGAAUACCUGCCUCCUUCUACCCAAAGGCCGGACGCCGACAUCGACCACACAGCGGGGAGAAGGUUGAUAGCUGUAGGACUAGGUGUUGCAGCUGUUGCAUUUGCAGGUCGCUACGCAUUUCAAAUCUGGAAACCUCUAGAACAAGUAAUCACUGCAACAGCAAGGAAGAUUUCCUCCCCAAGCUUUUCAUCCUACUAUAAAGGAGGAUUCGAGCAGAAAAUGAGUAGGCGAGAGGCUAGUCUUAUUUUAGGUGUAAGCCCAUCUGCUAGCAAGGCCAAGAUUAGAACAGCACACAAGAGAAUUAUGAUUUUAAACCAUCCAGACAAAGGUGGAUCUCCUUAUUUAGCAUCCAAAAUAAAUGAAGCAAAAGAUUUGCUCGAAGCAUCCAGCAAAGCUAACUGAUGCUGAAGGACCGUACAUACCAAGGGAAAAUGGAACAAACGCACUACUGUAAAAGUCCUUCAGAAGAAUGUGGCCCAUGGUCGUGUUCCAUACUGACCCAGUCUGUUCUCUGUCAUUAAGUGUGCAGCAAUAAAGCCUGGCAGCCUUGCAGCCUUGCUCUGGCAGGGACUUCAUCUGUCCCAUAGCUGAUGCUUUUCCACAUCAUUUCACAUGUGACAUGUCACUUGUAAAGACCUUGGUGAUGGUAGUCUAACUCUCUCUCUGCCCCUAACACAGAGAAAGGUCUGACCUUCACAAUGGCAUUGGGACUUCUGGGCAGAGUGGAAGCUUCCUUCUUGAUGCUUUUGCACUGUCUCUUGCUUUAGAAGAAUUUGGGACUCUGCCAAUGCCAAGGUCUUUAAAUAUUUUGAGACCAAACAGUGACUACUACAUCCUGGAGAAAAGAUCCCAAGUGUAUGUAAUUUACUAAAUGGUGACUUAUAGCGAGUGUUUGGAAUCUUAAGGGAAGGGAACUCUGCUCUCUGAGACCCUAUACCUGAAGCGUGAGGACAUGGGGAGCCUCUAACAUGAUUUAGGAUUUACAAAACUAGCCUAUGAGGAAAGGCCAGGAUAAGCUGGGAAAAUCUAAGGUUUGCAUUUGAUUAUGGUCUCCCUAUGCUGUAUAUGUGUUCAAUAAUUCAUUCUAUGAAUAUUUAUUGACCCAGCUAUGAUGCAUAUGGUAAUGUAGCAGGUCCUCUGAGAGCCACAUGUAUGAACCAGUUACACACCAGAAUAAGUUUUAUAUAGAGAAAAGAUGAAUUAUGUAUGUAAUGAAUACUACCAGACAGGUACAGAUCAUUGCUGAUGAAGGGCAGUAAGAGAAGUGUGCUUUAAAUCUCAGUACUUGAGAGGGCCUUCCUGAAACAAGUGAUAGGGUCUUUCCUGAAACCCUGGCUUUAAAAACAAAAAACGGAAACUACAAGACGUUUCAGUGAGUAUUGAUUCUCCUGAAAUCAGAGUUAGCAGAAAUAGUCAUAUCAGUUGCUGUGACUGGAGUGCAGAGAUACUCAAAAGUCAAUGCUGGACAGAGUGGUUGUGAAAGCAAGCCCUGUGAGGUAGACCACAGUGAGUCACCCCAGCAGGCACGUAAGUCGUCUCCAUCUCACCUUCCUGCUAAGCAUGGCCCGUGAGGUCAGAUUUCCUUUUGAAAUUUCUCUUCCUUUAAUGUAAUCUUGAACAGCUACUUAGUUUGUGAGUUUAUAACCCUCAUCUGCAAAAUAGAGAAAAUAAUCAUGUCUAGGACGAAGGUUGUAGAGAAUAAGGUAUAUAAGUAAUUUAGCAUGUAGCAAAUGUUUAAACUAUAUUCUUUUACUGCCCCCACUUAAUUUUAUCUUUUAGGAACCCUUGGGUUGCUGUUCCGAAUACAUUGCAGUAGUCCUUUAUCUCUCCCAUGACUGUGCUUUGAGUGUGACGGACGGAUGCAGUGGGCAUGCUCGUGAGCAUCCCGCACAGCAUCCCUGGGGCUAGAGGGACCCGUCAUGGGGCUGCAGGGUGGAGCUGGUCAUUGGCUGGACCCUAAGUCCUCUUUCUAUGGGCUUCUGCACAGAGCUUCGAGAGAAUGCUCACCCACAGGAGACAGGAAAUGGGGGCUGAACUUUUCUUCCUGGGUCUGGACUCUAUGGAGGCAUCACUUCUGCAUACUCCAUGAUUCAUAGGGGAGCCCUUGGUGUCUCUAUCAGAGGACUCUGACCCUUUAACAUAUCAGCUUUAGGCAUUAUUAUAAAAAAAAAAAAAAAAUCACGGAGAGGUGGUAGAUGCAGUGGGACACACCUUACCUGGGCAGAUAAGACAAGAGGACUGCAAGUUCCAAGCCAGCCUGGGAAACUUAGAAAUACUUCAGAAUGAGGAAGUGAUACAAAAGAAGUAGCAACCCAAAACAUAAGAAGAACUGGGACUCUGGGAGAGCCCAAGAUCUGUGCAGAGUCGGUUAGUUACCGGCACUGCAGCCUGGUCUCCCAGAAUUUCACUUCACCUGACUGCCAUUUGGGGUGAAUGUGGGUCAGUAAUAAUUCUCUGAAUGGUCGUGGAGCUUUAAAAUUGGAUUUUGACUGACUACCCUCAAUUCCUCGUCGGUAAAACACUUAUUUGAAUGGUUACCUAUCUUCAGUAAAGCCUGACCCCUUGGGUUCCUGUCGUUGCCUAUUCUGCUCAAUUGGGCUUUGUUGAUGUUGCAGUUUCUGUUUGCUCUACAAGCUUAAGUCUGAGAAUAAGAAAGACCUUUUAAAAACACAAUUACUGGACAGAGAAUGUGCACUUCUGAUGAACAGCUAAAGGGGGGUAUGUAGGGCCAAUUAGAUUACAGUCUGCUCUGCCAAUCUGCAAUGCAAUGUGAAAGGUGGACCGUGAGGUGCAGGGGAAAGAACGUGACUGUAGCAGGCAUUGUCAUGUUUAGUUCAGAGCGUGCCCUGUGCUUUGUUUGAACAGCAUUUGAAACAAUUCAGUUGGUACUGAGUUUUACCACUGCAGUAAGGGUGCAGAAUACAGUCAUUCUUAAAAUGCAAAUGAUCAAACUAAAUAUAGAAAAAUACUUUUAAACACA